AUUCCCGCAGCCGACGUGACCCUGGACCCGUCCACCGCCCACCCCCGGCUCAGCCUGUCCCUGGACCGGCGCAGCGUCCGCCUGAGCGAGCGGCGACACGACCCCCCCGGGGCCGGGGGUGGCAACGGGGGGACCCCCCGAAACCCCCCGGGGGCCACGGGCCGGGGCGACGGCGGCGACUUGUGCGUGUUGGGGGCCCCCGGGUUCAGCGCCGGCCGCCACUACUGGGAGGUGGAGGUGGGCGGGCGCCGGGGUUGGGCCGUGGGGGCGGCGCGGGAGAGCGCCCGGCCCCGACACAAAGGGGGUUCCGAGGGACCCCCAAAAAGGGAGAUCUGGGCCGUGGGCACCACGGGCAAGAAGUACCAGGCGCUGACGGCCACGGAGCAGACGGCGCUGGCGCCGGGGGAGCAGCCGCGGCGCUUCGGCGUCUACCUGGACUACGAGCGGGGGCAGCUCUGCUUCUACAACGCCGAGAGCAUGAGCCACAUCCACACCUUCCACAUCUGCUGCCGGGAGAGGGUCUUCCCCUUCUUCCGCAUCCUGGCCAAGGGCACCCGCAUCAAGAUCUGCACCUGACAGGGACGGGACA